UUCGCGUAGCGGCCAACUCGCGGCGCUGGAGAAACGGAAAGAGAAGCCGGGCGCCCUGCGCGUGCUGCGGACUCGGAGGAGAAGGCUGAUUGGUUCCUGCUGAUCGUGACGCACAGGUUCGCUCUAGCCGCCUAGGGGGGCGUUUCUUCUGUGGCGGUUGCUACGCGAGGCCCCGGCUUGAGGCCUGCACGGAAGGAUUCAGGUGGAGCAGUGGAAAUGCUGAAUUGGUGCCCAAGAUCAGUAAUGAAUUGGAUGAAGGCUAAUAAACUGAAACACUAUCCAGACAAAAUGAAGUUACUAUUGGAGGUUUAACAAUGGCCACUACACAGUCUGUCUUCAUAUUUGCGCUCGUUGUUUUAAUGAUAACGGAACUAAUAUUGGCUACGGAGAGUUAUUACGACAUCCUAGGUGUUCCAAAAAAUGCAUCUGAUCGGCAGAUCAAGAAGGCGUUUCACAAACUAGCAAUGAAGUAUCACCCAGAUAAAAAUAAGAGUCCUGGAGCAGAAGCAAAAUUCCGGGAAAUUGCAGAAGCUUACGAAACGUUGUCAGAUGAAAAUAGGCGCAGAGAAUAUGACCAGUUUGGUCCUGCUGAAGGACGAAGAGGGAACGGGAACACUUUCCAACAGCCAUUCAGUUUCAAUUUUGAUGACUUGUUGAAGGACUUUGACUUGUUUGGCCAAAGCCAAAGUACCCAAUCCAAGAAACAUUUUGAAAAUCACUUUCGGAGUCAUCAGCAGGCCCACAGCAGGCAAAGACGUUCUUUCCAAGAGUUUUCCUUUGGAGGGGGACUGUUUGAUGACAUGUUUGAGGACAUGGAGAAAAUGUUUUCAUUCAGUGGGUUUGACAACACACACCGGCACACAAUGCGAACUGAAAGCAAAUUCCAUGGAUCUAGUAAGCACUGCAGGACUGUCACUCAGCGUCGAGGAAACAUGGUUACUACGUAUACAGACUGCUCUGGACAAUAACCGCUGCAGUUGCUUUUCCUUGUUUCUGCCUAUCCUUCACUGAUAAAGCACAGAGGUUCUUCUGUGAACUGUAUGAGAUUUUAUAGUUUAAUCAAAGUACCUUAACUGCUGGAAAUAAGCUGUAGCUAAAGUGAUAACUUUCACCAGAAGUGCAACAAAGCAAGGGGGAGUCAUUCCAUUUGCUACACAGAUGAUGUAUGUGGGGCAAAAAUCCCCAUUUGAUCAUUUUGGAUCCUAUUUUCAAUAACAUAGAAGCAGGCUACCAGAUUACCUCAAUAUUAUGUUUAUAUUUUACACUUUGCAAAGUGUUGAGUUAGUGGUACACUAGCCAAUAUUAUUGUUGGACUCCUAUUUCUAGAAGUGUUGAAUGCUUAACUCUGACCUUAAUUAGCACAGUGUUUACCUGCCAAAAAUCAAAGUUGUAUGACUUGGCAGUAGUGAUUUAAACACAGCAGUGAAAUACGAACAUUUGACUGUAUUAAACUGUGUUUAACAAAACUGAACUUGCAUCUAUUUGUAGUAGGCAGUCCCAAAAUAUUUGGACUAGCAGGGACCCUGAAUGAGCUGGCCCCAUACCACAUGGUUGCCCUCAAGUCCCUAUUAGCCUAUGGUAAGCCGAACUAAACUGGUCUCCUUGAUAGAAUGAAAAUUUUGUUUGUCCUGUCAGCUAAAAUGGUGGGAAGCAUCCAGUUUUAGUCUCUCAUAUAAUGUGCACACAUCUGAGGUGGGGUCUCAUCUCCCUUGAGCCGAGAUCCUCCUUAUGUCACUUCUAAGGCAUAUGUAAAAGCUUGACUUAGAGCUCAAGCUGAUGGACUUGGUGUCAGCCACCACAGUUUCAGUCUUGGUGGUUUAGACUGGGGUACAGCUGCAGUCUCUUCCCAUAGGUCAGGACUACACAACUUCAGCCCUCCAGCUGCUGGACUACAACUCCCACCAUCCCCUGCCACAGUGGUUAAGAAGUAGAAUGGGAGUUGUCCUCCAGCACCUGCAGGAGAACCAAAGUUGUAUAGCUUUUUGCCACAGGUCCUUAUCUGUAUAUUGAUGGCAUGGUGAACGUGUCACUGCCUAAGAUCUUCCCCUUGGUCUUCAAUCUCUUUAACUCAGUUGGCAGCUCCAGCCAUCACUUGGUAGUAGCCAAGCUCUGUGCAGCCUCCCCCAAUCCAAGAAUGCGCACACCCUCUCCCAUCUGCAGCUUCCUUUUGCGGUUAGGAGAUGCCAAGAUUACCACACCCACCAGUUUCUGCAUAUCCUAACCUCCUUGCUUCAGAAAAGCCGGUGUGUUGGUUCAAGUGCAUUUUGAGGUUAGUUAGUGGACUAGGGCAUGCCGAGAUGGAUGGGUUCAGAUGUCACAGCUUUGGCUCACCACAUGCAAACCCUCCAGUCUUGGCAAAACCCAACAGAAAAAGAAGUAUGUACAGGGAUGGGGGAAUGUGUGCUUCUGGGGCUGAGGGGAGGUCAUGCAGAGCUCUGCUUCUCCAGAGCUGCCACAUGAUGUCUGAAGCUGCCCAGAAGUUCAAUACACUGCCAUCUUCUCUUUCUCGUCAUGACUCCGUGGUGAACCAAACCACUUCUGGAGGGGCAAUGAACAUGUUGGCAGGCUGGCCGUAUAAUUAGCAGUAGCUCCCUGCAGCCAGCUGGAAGCCACUCGGCCUUGUCUUGAUGGUUUGCUGUUGUCACUGAACUGCAGAUGAUUAGUAGGGUGAGCCUUCAUGCCAUUGUGAGAUGAACAAAAAGAUGCCAAGUAACUUGCAGGUUGGAUUGGAGUACCUUAUAGGCUUUUAUUUGACAAUGGUGUAGAAUUUUAAGCUUGGUGUAUGUUAAAGAGUUCUGUUCAUUUCACUAGAACUAUGCUCUGAUCAUUGGGGCUGGGACAUCCCCUGAGCCCCCACCCUUCAGAGCGCAGCUUUGUGUAUAGUAAUGAACUUGGAGUGAUGUGUGAAUAAAAGUCCUACUUGUC